AUGGCAAUCUCCGGUGGCGCCGUGGAAUUUCUCCGGCGAAGGCUCCUUCCAACGACGCUUAUCCACGUCACGGCUCUCGACGGGAUCGUGAACGUUAAUUCCCUCUUCUCGCUUGCUCUUUUCCUGGGUCUCACCACUAGCGGAAACAUCACCUUCCCGGUUUCCUCCUCCGCCGCCGGAAACCAACAUCUCCGUCGAUGUAUCGCCGCAAAAGGCACCGUAUUAGCGGAGAGGCUAGUCUCAAGCCACGUUUACUCCUUCAGCUUCUUCCUUUUCUCCAGCCUCAUCGCCAUGUCUCUCAAGCAAGCAAUCAGAACAACAACGAGCGAGAGCGUUUUGGCGGAAGCGCGUGUGUUAAACGCGGGAAUGGGGCGAGUGAAUUUGGCGGCUUUGAGAGUUGGUAUCGUGGCUUCUUGUGUCGGGUCGGUUUUGGGAUGUGGGUCCUUGACAAUGGCGUUAGUGGAUCUUGUUCAGAUAAAGCUUGGACCUUUGGAAUGUAAGAGAAGCUUUCAUGCACUUGCAGCUAUUGUUCCUCUUGUUGUUCUUGUUCCUUCUGCACUUGUAGUCUAUGUCGUUCUUGUUCUCUACGCUUUUAUUUAUUAA